AUGCCAUGGCUUGGCCACCUUCCCAAGCAGCCAAAAAUAGCGUGUCCCCCCCCUCUAGUGACAGGCGGGGGACCUGGCCUGGCUUGUGUCCGGCACAGCCCGGUGGUGUCAGCGCCCGGUACCAGCACCAAGUUUGGCUCGGCCACCCGCCCACAUCCGCUGCCCGAUUUAGCUCGGGGCGAUAAGGGGGGGAAUAAAAGCCGGGGCAACCCGGGGACCCCCGGCCCAGGGCUGCGGCGGGGAUGGCUUCCCCCCCCCCGCCCCGGCUGGCUCCCGCAGGCCAGCAGGAGGGCAGGCAGGCGUGGCGGGGCGGCAGCCCGGCGGGCGCAGCGCGGCUCCUCCAACGUCUUCUCCGUGUUCGAGCAGUCGCAGAUCCAGGAGUUCAAGGAGGCCUUCAGCUGCAUCGACCAGAACCGGGACGGGAUCAUCACCAAGGCGGAUCUGAAGGAGACCUACUGGCAGCUGGGGAAGAUGAAUGUGAGCGACGAGGAGCUGGAGGAGAUGCUGAAGGAGGGGAAGGGGCCCAUUAACUUCACUGUCUUCCUGACGCUCUUUGGGGAGAAGCUGAAUGGCACCGACCCCGAGGAGUCCAUCCUCAACGCCUUCAAGGUCUUCGACCCCGCCGGCACCGGUACCGUGAACAAGGACGAGUUUAAGCAGCUCCUCCUGACCCAGGCAGAUAAGUUCUCCCCGGAGGAGGUGGAGCAGAUGUUCGCAGUGACGCCCAUCGACGUCUCGGGGAACAUCGACUACAAGUCCCUGUGCUACAUCAUCACCCACGGGGACGAGAAGGAGGACUGAGGGGACAGCGGGUCCCCUGCCCCCCACCGCUUGCUCCGGCCAAAUAAACCACCAAA